AGCUGAUCUCGCUUCUCUUGAAGAAUAAGAGGACAAUUGCGCAGUUGCCCAGAGUCCCGCCUCGCAGAUCUUUUGCAAUCCUGCUUUUCCUGGUCCAUGAACACCCGGUUCGUGCCACUCUUCCGUCCCCCGCACCCUGCAGUGAUCCGCAGUCCCCAAUUCUGGGGCCACCCGAGAGUGACAAGCCCCACAUCAACAACCAUCAUCUUGCCCGCCGCUCCCGUGGCCUCCGACUCUGCUAAAGCAGAGCAACCUCCAUCCGUUUUCCCAGGUGAACGUCGCCUCUCGCUCCCGUACGAACCGUUUCACGGAUACGAUGACCCAGGCCUACGGGUCAACCAGCAAUCUGCCCAUCGAGAUCCAACACUGCGCGCUUCUUCAACUGCUUGCAAACUCGCUGGUGCUGGCCCAGACAGCACCGUACCUGUCCUGUUUCGAUGUCUUGAACCUCGCCGCCACCUCGCGGGCUUUCCGCUUCCUGAUCUUCCACUCCCCAAACGUCUUCCGUCGCCUGGAACUGAGCAACGUCAAGACGGCACAGUUCGAUGUCGACGGCGUCGACCACGGAGGCGAGGUUUGGCGCAACGUGCAGCUCGAUGAGACCCUGACUGAAGACGACUUCUACUCGGGGCCGCUGCGCGGCAUCUUCCAGAACCUCCGCCGCAUCGAUGUACUGAAGGACGUGCAGGUCCUCUCGCUCGACGGCCUCUCGGUCACGGCCGAGCUAGUCCACGAGAUACUCACCGAUCCUUCCUUCUCCGUGCGCAUCUUGUCCAUUCGCGGCGUCAAGAAUCUGAACGAGCGAAGGCUGUGCAGCACCCUGCGGUAUGCGUGCCGCGAAUCGAGGCCCGAAGGCACACCGCGUCUGAAGGGUCUAUAUGUGUUUGGGCCGAAAGAUCCGGCGCCCGCUUCGGCAUCCAGUGGGGGCAGCCGGAGCCCCUCUCCGACGAGUCCAGCCGGGGUCGCCGCGGCCUGGAAUGCCCGAAGCCAGAAUGCUCUGACGGCUGCGCUUGCUGAGGAAUCAGAGGCUUGGUACGAACGUCGUGGCGGGCAGUUUGCGAACCGCAUCGACCCCGAAUGGGCCUCUACCCUCGUUGCUUGUGCCGGGAUUAUCGCGUUCGACUCCGUGCUCUGCGCCGGGCCUAGGCACUUCAACUCUCCCGCAUGGGGCGCGUUUCACAUCGAGAACUCCUCCGCCGCUCCCUCGUCUUCGAUUCCAAAAGUGCCCCAGUUCGCAGUUGCAACGCACAGCCUGGGGGGAUGCACCUUGUGUGGCUCAGCGCCGGAAGGCUGGACGGUCUGGGGUGAGGAGCGGCUCUCAUGCCGGAGGGAUCCCGACGGAAGGAGGACGAGUGACAGCUCCAUGGAGUUUAUUUCCAGGUUCCCCCUGCUUGCUCCACCGCCGAUGCACUCGGCAAGCCUUCUCGCGGCAAUGUGUCCGACGGGCCAGACCAUACGAAUGCGGCCCCCCUUCAUCCGGGGAGAAGAGCAAGCGAAGGCGCGUUUCAUUCCGCGGUGUUACGACUGCAUCCGCGACCGCUACUGCUCAGGGUGCCACCGCUGGUGGUGUGAAUCUUGCUACGUUGGUCUCGGAGCCUCGCCGGCGUCGGAUACUGUAAGCAGUCCUCUUUCCCAACACCAUUGCAACAGGGCGUGAACGGAACGGCGACGAAGGUGCACCGUGCAAAGUCUGC